AUGUCAUCCUGCCGUGAAAGACGCCGAUAUCUUGGUUACCAUCGUCAGAAGAGCGCCCAAAGUAAAGGUGAAUUGCGCCUUCGUGUGUUGGAAGCACAAUGUGUGAAUCGCAUUAGGCCCUCUAUAAACCGUGGUGUUUGGGUUUACAAUGACGAUGACACAAGAGGAGAGGCCAGUGCCAUGUACAAUGGACUUGUUACUAAUUCCAGCAAAGAAAUGAUGUGUUUCAGUGACUUUGCCUUUCCACCUGAAUAUCCACCAUAUUUAUCUACUCAUCACGUGAUCAAAUACUACCGGGACUAUGCUAAAUAUUAUGAUAUAGAGAAAUACAUCAAAUUUAACACAGAAGUGGUCGAUGUUAGUCCAACAGACGAUAACCAAACGACUGGCCAAUGGAAUGUCACAACCCGACAAAGGGACCAAGAGCAGCUCAUUGAACAGACUGACAUAUUUGAUGCCGUGAUGGUUUGCACGGGAUGCCACUCUAAGUGUAAGAUUCCAGAACAUCCGGGUAUGGACGAGUUUAAAGGUCAAAUCAUUCAUAGCAACACGUUCAGAAGAGGAGAGGACUUUGCUGGUCAAAAUGUACUGGUCGUUGGUGCAUCUCAUUCUGCUGGAGAUGCGGCUACACAAUGCAGUCAUCAUGCAAAGUCGACUUAUAUCAGCCUCCGAAAUGGUUGCUACGUGUUGGCCAGACGAGGACCGAAAGGAAUGCCAAUGGAUUCAGUGGCCAACCGCCGGUUUUCGUCAAAUCUUCCUGGAUUUAUAAGAUCGAAAAUGUUGAGCAGCCUGGUAGAGUCAAGGAUGGACGUAGAUAAUCUCGGCCUCAGAUCAGACAAGAAAGACGUGUUCAGUUCAAGCAUCAUGGUGAGUGACUCCCUGCCAGAUCGAAUUCUCAACGGUACUCUGAAAGUGAAAGCGGACAUUGAGAGAUUUACUGAGAAUGGUGUAAAAUUUGUUGACGGAUCAUGUAUCGAAGAUAUUGACACUGUCAUCUUUGCCACUGGAUAUGACACAACGUUCCCCUUUAUUACUCGUGAAAUAUUUGAUGAAACAAAGAUGGAGCUAUUCAAACAUAUUCUAUCUCCAAAAUACACAACGCUUGCCUUCGUUGGAGCAGUGGGUGCCCCGGGUGCCCAGGGACCAGUAUUCGAGCUACAGGCCCGCUGGACUGUUUCUGUGUUUUCAGGCUCAGUGAAACUUCCUGACUUAGAGACUCGUCAGAUCGAAGCCAAAGAACGCGUUGAUAACAUGCUAAAACAAUAUGGCUACCUGAAAAUAAAAUUUGCUCCCGUACCAUACCAAGAGGAACUUGCUAGUGAUAUUGGCGUGAAGCCGACCCUUGAUAUGUUUCUAAUUGACCCGAAGCUUGCUGCUAAGGUAUUUUUCGGACCAGCCUACCCGCCAUCGUACAGACUUAAGGGACCUCAUACUUGGGCAGGUGCAAGACAGGCUAUCAUGAAUGGCUGGGAGAACACCACUAACCCCACAAAAACAAGACACAUUACUAAACAAAAUGGUCUUAAUCCUAUAUUCCCUGCAAUUGUUCUGUUUGCGCUCAUAUUAGCAAUAAUAUUCUAAAACUGAUUUGUUGAAGGAACACUCAUAUAUUUGAAUUACUUUAACAUCAUGUUUCAUCUGCUUUGCUUAUUAUAGAUAAAGAAAUGUUUUAUUGAUUUUCAAUAAGUUUUACAUUUUUUAUAUGUCUGUUGUUUAGACAAGCAUUUUAUUUUUAAUGUUACAGAUUUUAAGUUUUAUUUUAUUUAUACAUUUUAUUAUUUGAGUGUAAUCGGAAUAGCGCACUGGAGACCUAAUAGUGGUGUUUAGUUCACUUUUAGGAAUCCUGUCUAGGUUUCCGAUAUUUUAUGCUUAUAUUAUGUUGAAUUGUAACCGGUUGCUGUUUUGUGUAUUUUACUGAGACAAAAUAAAUAAAAUGAUAUGAAAAAAAAAAAAAA